AUGCAGAAUAUUGGUUCUACCCAGUAUUUCCAAGAUAAAGCGAUACUUGUGCCGACAUUAGAUGUUGUAGAUUCAAUUAACAAGUAUAUGUUGUCAUUAUUUCCGAGUAACGAGACAACGUAUUUGAGUUCUGAUUCCAUAUGGAGCGUCAAUGAGAAAAUUGGUAUUGAGGCUGAUUGGGUGACUACUGAAUUUCUGAAUGAUAUAAAAUGCUCUGGAAUACAUGAUCAUAAGUUGGUUUUAAAAAACGAUGCUCCCGUUAUGCUCAUGAGAAAUUUGGACCUAUCUACUGGGCUCUGCAAUGGUACUAGACUUAUUGUUAAGCAUCUCGAACCAAAUGUCAUUGGUGGAAUUGUUAUUUCAGGGACUCAUACUGGUACAAAAGUUUUUAUUGGUAGAAUGAAUUUAAUGCCCACUGAUGAGAGCAUGCCAAUAAAGUUCCAACGGAGACAAUUCUCACUUCUUCUUUCUUUUGCAAUGACUAUAAAUAAAAGUCUAGGUCGAACAUUGUCUGAAGUUGGAGUUUAUCUACAGAAUCCUGUGUUCUCUCAUGGUCAAUUAUAUGUUGCUAUUUCUCGAGUGAAGUCAAGAUCUGGUUUGAAGAUUUUAAUUUGUAGUGAAGAUAUUACUAAAAGAGAUGUAACAAAAAAUAUUGUGUACAAGGAGGUUUUCCAAAGAAUAUACAAUUGCUAG